GAUUAUGGCUCCUAGUGGAUACCAAAAAUAUUGAAUUGAAAAAUAAUAGGUGCCGUCAAGAGAAGUUGCUGUAUGAUUUGUUGAAUGAAGAGAGAUUUCCGGAAGAUAACUUUCGCUCAGGUUGUCAAAACGUCAGUCACCAACAACAGUUGUUUUCAGACUAGUGCACUCACCCGGACGAUCACGCUACACAAACUAGGAGGGUUCUAUUAAAUACUGUUCUGCUUCAAGGGUUGAUUCUAUUCAGUAAACCUAUGCGAAGAGAAUUAAGCUUAGAUUCAGCACUCUUUACGUACACAUGCCUCGCUGUGGUCAGUCGUUUUGAAGAUUCCUUCUUCCGGAUAAUUAAUAUUUUAGAAAUACGCUGUCAUAUUAUUAUAUUAAUUAACGUAACAUGUGGAAAGAAAGGCACGCUAGUUUUGAUAUACAGUCGAACCUCCCGUAAGCGACCACCCAAAAUUUCAAGCCUAGGUGGUCGUCCAAGGGAGGUGGUCGCUUACGAGAGCCUGGACCAUACUGGGUCAAAAAGCGUAUGAAAUAUGAAGGCCAUAUUUACCUUGGGCUUCUUGCUGUCAACUCUGCUUUAUAUUUGUACUGCGGAUAUCUACCUCCACAACCCACCUGGAAGCAACAACAGAUUGAACGGUAAUCAGGCCAACGUGAGAAACGCCAACAGGCUCUUUGAUUCUCAGAACAAUGGUAAAGCCGGAUACAACGUUGGAGACAGUGGCAGUGGUAAUCCAGGAGAAAACAUACAGGAGAAAAGGCAACUCCCACAGGAAUAUUUCAUGAGCGGCUGUGAGAAGGACGCCCAAACCGAGCUAGAAAUUAUGUGGACAAAUCAACACGGGACCGGCCCUUUGACUGACGACAGAGUGGAAACACAAGUUAUCUUACAGUACAUGUGUCAACCGUACCCUAGUGGCAAAGUGACGGAUAUCAAUAACGACUUUCAGCGGCAUACCAUACGUAAUGGAGGGAACCGCAACACACAGAACUUCCGGCUUGAUGAUAGAGAAGAUCGGCAGGCUAUAAUUAACCGAGGAUUGCACGAGCCAUUUCAUCACUAUAACACUAUGCUGCGAAGAAUACGAAACAAAGGUUUGUUUACCGCUGAUCAAAAUCUAAAAGGAGACACGCCGCAAUACACAAGACAGAAUGCCAACGGUAACAGACGAGGCUAUGAAGUACCAGAGGAGCGUGAUUACUAUCCCUACUGGGGCCCCAGCCCGUUUAAGGACAUUGCUAUCAUGGUCAGUGACAAAGCCACGGAGAAAUUGAUGAAGGAAUAUGUGAACAGUCCUGAUCACUCGAAAAAAGGAUUAUGUAUCAUGGACGACGGUCUCCAAAACCAGCGAAGGUGUCCGAAAACACCUCCCCGCAACAAGCAGGCAUCAAAAUGUGUGGCCAGUUUCAUCACCAAGGAAACAUGCGAGAAAGGCGGAGGAAAAUGGGUUGAAGUGGAAACAAACUACAAGGAAAAGCUCCCUUCACAAACAGACGGCGCAUGUGCCGGCAAAUUUCAGACUGUCAAAGGCGUGGCAUACGAGCCCCAUCAGAUAACACAGAUGGGAUCAGACGGGACCGAAGAAGAUCUUGUCGUUGCGGACCCAGCCGAGGUGAUCUAUGCACCUUCCACUGUUGUCAAUCAUAAUGGACUGAAUAUGCACGGCAAGUUCUCCUCGUACACAUGGAAGAUUCCUUACUUUCCCUCCAACACCAUUCAGCGAUGCGUGUUGAGGAUAAGAUACAACAUUACAACAGGAGAUGCACCAAGGAGUUUUGAUGCCUCGAAUAACGAUGCCGUGAAAAAUGAUCCUACAACGCUGGCCGUGGACGGGAAAACUAAGCUGCAGCUCGCCUUGAACACAGCUCAGCUAGCUCGUACAUUCCAAGACAGAACACACGUGUUCUACUUGAAACCAAGGAACUCACUUCCUUCUCGAUUCAAGAAUUCCAAAAUCAUUUACAUCGGAGGAAUGGGAAAGAGAGGAAACAUUGUGCAGGCUUAUCCAGCCAUGGAAUAUCGCUUCGUUCCUGAACGUAUUUCAGUUACCACCAAUGAUGUUCUGUGCUUCGCCUGGUCUGGCUCCAACAAUAAUCCAAAUAAUGCUGGAGAAGGACAAGCGCGCUCGGACAGAACAAACGUGUGUUGGGUAAAGGAAGGAUGCAGCUCUCUCAAACCAGCAGCUUGCUCCAGCUUGCCUCUCGAAGUGGUUGACCAGGCUGAUGCUUUCAGCCCUGAAAAGUUGAAUCUUCACCUGAACACAGGAUGCUACAGUGGUAAUGUUGCCGAUCUGCAGAGUCAGUUGAACAACGCCCCAGCCUCCUGCAAUCCGCCUUGUUUCCGUAUCAAGAAGCCUGGGGAGUACUGUUACAUGAGCACGCGCAAUAACAACUUCUCCAACCGACGUCACAUGGGACAGAUCACUGUUACCUGAGCUAUCCUGGUAUAAAACUCGAUUGAUCGAUGUUCUAAAAAAUAGGCCGCAAACGUAGUGUUGUUACUAGUGAAAUAAAAUAUUGA